AUGCUGGAGAAGCCGACCGACGGGCGGGAGGUGGUGUGCCAUGCCUCAGCCUGGGACUUCUACAACAGGAAGGACUUCAGGAUCAAGCAGUGCACGCGGGUCACGAUGGACCAGCUGUCCACGGUGCACCACGAGAUGGGCCACGUGCAGUACUACCUGCAGUACAAGGACCAGCCUGUCUCCCUGCGCAGCGGUGCCAACCCUGGCUUCCACGAGGCCAUCGGGGAUGUGCUGGCGCUCUCGGUCUCCACUCCUAUACAUCUGUACAAAAUUGGCCUGCUGGACCAUGUCACCAAUGACACGGAAAAUGACAUCAAUUACUUGCUAAAGAUGGCAUUGGAAAAAAUUGCCUUCCUGCCUUUUGGCUACUUGGUGGACCAGUGGCGCUGGGGGGUCUUUAGUGGGCGUACCCCCCCCUCCCGCUACAACUUUGACUGGUGGUAUCUUCGAACCAAGUAUCAGGGGAUCUGUCCUCCAGUUGUCCGAAAUGAAACCCACUUUGAUGCUGGAGCUAAGUUUCAUGUCCCGAAUGUGACGCCAUACAUCAGGUACUUUGUGAGUUUUGUCCUACAGUUCCAGUUUCAUCAAGCCCUGUGCAAGGAGGCAGGCCACCAGGGCCCACUGCACCAGUGUGACAUCUACAAGUCCACCCAGGCAGGGGCCAAGCUCCG